AUGAAUUUGGUAGCCAGAACGGUCUUGACCAGUAGGACAUUUAGGUUAUGUGACAGAUUCUCAUAUAAAUAUUUACAAAGUCCCUUAACCUCGGUAUGUCCUGUUAUACAACAUAGAAAUUACUGCGAAGAGAAAACAGAGGUUCGGAAGCUGCCGCAGUUGAUGGAAUUCCCACCAAUAGUAUGGCCUUCCUUCGUCAAAUUCAUCAAAAACUGGAUGUUCGCUAACUUUAUUAUUAGACCGUAUUUCGAAUCUGAAUUCAAUCUUCGUGAGUUUAUAGAGGCUUCCAAACAUGCUGUUGAGGUUGUUUCAGAAGGCCUACAAAAGAGUGACUUCAAAUCAUUAGAAGGACUGGUUGAGAAAGAUGCUAUUGAAAAGUUAAAGUCAGCCGUCUCCAAGCUAUCUGUGUCUCAACGACAAAUGCUGUCUAUAGAUAAAGAAGAUAUUUUCUAUGCUUUUCCCUACCAGGUCGGCAUAAUGUUUGAUGAUUCUGACAAGCGUUGGGUCGAAAUAACAAUGUGUUAUCACGUACUGCGUGGUUUGAAACAGAUGCAAGAGAGUAGAGAUGUAACGCCUAUAUCAUUAGGAGUUCAACCCGAGUAUCAAGACAAUAUAUUUAUUCUGAACUACAGAUUUAUAAGAGAGUUUACCAAAGGCGUAGAAGAUAGUUGGUGGGUGAACAUAGUAAAUCACUUCCAACCGCACGCACUUAUGAGAAAAUAA